AUGAAACUGUUUGUCGUACUGUGCCUGAUUGCGAUAGCGUCUGCAGCCCCACAGGCAGCCCAGUUACGCCCCACCCCGAAAGAGCAAGAAGUACAGCUUGUACGUUUCGACUCGGACAACGAUGGUCUAGGGGGCUACAACUUUGCUUUCGAACAGAGUGAUGGCACUAAAAAGGAAGAACAGGGUGAACUAAGAAACGCGGGUAAAGAAGAUGAGUUCAUUGCCGUGAAGGGAUCUUACUCGUGGGUGGGACCCGAUGGCGUACUUUACACCAUAACUUACAUCGCCGACGAAAAUGGAUUCAAACCCACAAUUGAACAAGGUCCAGGAGGCGGUGUACCGCCAGGCGUCGUCGCUUCACUACUUGGU